GGGUGGCAGUAGUGAGCCAACAGGAGAACUGUCAUUUCCGGUUUCCGCUUAGCAGCAGAGGAAGAAGCAGCAGCAUCAGCGGGGAAAACAUGGAGAGAAAACACAUGUCUGCAUUUUCUCUGUAUCAGAUUUUACCGCCACAACCGCCUUCUAAUGUUAAAAAGACCGAUGUAAAGGUGGAAAUCAGGAGGAAAUCAAAGACCACAUCCUCAGUAGUAGGGAUUCCAUCAAAAGCCCAAAUCAAGUCUGAAAGGCGGAAGAGGAGGAAGAAGCUUCUAAAAGCUGCACAGAAAACCGAAAACCAGAACGUUACAGCAGAUGUGAAUAAGGCAGAGAAGUGUGUCAGCAUAGAGUCUUUGGAUGCUGUCCUGGUGGAUCUGGGCUCGAUCAGUAACAGCAGAGAAAGAGCCGCUAAGAUGUUCAAGUGGAUCAUCCAUCCUGUUCCUGAAGCUCCUUUCUUUAGGGAUACGUGGGAAAAGAAGCCCAUCUAUGUUCGCCGCAGAAAUCCAGAUUAUUACAAAGGGCUGUUCUCCACGGCGGAGUUUGAUCGCAUACUGAGAGAGGAAAACGUUCAGUUUGGAGUGAACCUGGACGUCACAAGCUACACUAACGGCAAGAGGGAAACGCUCAAUCCUCCAGGCAGGGCUCUGCCGUUCACUGUGUGGGACUUCUAUGAGAGUGGCUGCUCCCUCCGCAUGCUGAACCCUCAGGCCUUCUCCUCCACGGUGUGGAACGUGCUGUCCAUCCUCCAGGAGCAGUUUGGCAGCAUGGCUGGAGCCAACGUAUACCUGACGCCACCUGGAACUCAAGGCUUUGCGCCGCAUUACGACGAUAUCGAGGCUUUUGUGGUUCAGCUGGAGGGAAAGAAACACUGGAGGGUGUACAACCCAAGGUCGGAGGAGGAGGUCUUGCCUGUAUUUUCAAGCCCUAAUUUUGACCAGUCAGACAUCGGAAAGCCCAUCCUGGACGUGGUCCUGGAGGCGGGAGACCUCCUCUACUUUCCUCGAGGGUUCAUCCAUCAGGGCAGAUGUCUUCCGGACGCGCACUCUCUGCACAUCACCAUCUCCUCCUUCCAGAAGAACAGCUGGGGGGAUCUAAUGCAGAAGGUUGUUACGGCCGCUCUUGAAAUUGCGAUGGAAGAGGAUGUGGAGUUCCGUAAAGGUUUACCUCUGGACUACCUAACAUACAUGGGAGUGCAGAACUCUGACAAGAAGGACCCUCGGAGGGAGAAAUUCCUCUCUCAAAUCGAGAAUCUGAUGAAGAAACUUCCAGAUUACGCCCCGGUGGAUGCUGCCGUCGACCAGAAAGCCAAAGAUUUCCUCCACGACUGCCUGCCUCCCGUGCUUACUCCAGAUGAACUAGCUACCAGUGUUCAAGGAGCACCCGUUCGGUGGGAGGAUGGACGGGUUAAGGCCAUGGCGCCACACAUCACCACCCAAACUCAAAUAAAGCUUCUCCGCGCUGGAUGUGCCAGACUAUGCAGCGAUGGAGACGCAGUCCACCUUUAUUACACCACAGACAACUCCAGAGUUUACCACAAAGAGGAGCCCAAGAGUUGUGAGGUACAAGCAGAGCACACAGACGCUGUGGAGUUUCUUAUUCAUUCGUAUCCCAGCUUUGUGACUGUAGGAAGUUUGCCCUGUGAUUCCACUCAGGAUCGAAUCGCUUUGGCUGAACUGCUUUUUGAAAAGGGGAUUAUCCACACUGCAGAACCUCUUCAGUCCUGAAUUUAUUUUUGUUCCACCAAAAUAAAUCACUUCUAUGAAAUAAAAAUGUCUCCCCUUAAA